AUCAAGAGACAAAUUUAGAGUAAAUUAGAACUGGAAGGUUUAUCGACGAUGAGCGGAGAGAAUUAUCCGUUUUCUCCGAUCAUGUUCAUCUGCGUAAGCAUAGUGAGAACCGGCGGAGUUUUGGAGUAAUCGAGACGCCAUUAACAGCAAGCGAUUAUUGCGAGGAUAAGUGCAACUGCUCGCUGAUUGAUUCCCUUUUAUUUAUCGGACGCCGAUGACCAUUGAUGUAGCCACUGUGAACUCAGAUUAUUUCAACUGAUUUUAAGAGAGUUAUGGCGGAAGACAAGGAGUCGACCUCGGUUCCUCUUAGUCAAGUUGAUAAUGGCGGUCAGGAUCUUGAAGAUCCUGUCAAAUCCAAAUCUCCUCCGAGUUCUCCCAAUUCGUCCACUCGUAAGGCGUGCUAUUAUGUUCUCCAAAGCUGGGUGUCAAAGAAGUUUAUGACUGGAUGUGUGGUUCUUUUCCCCGUUGCUGUUUCCUUUUUUGUUACAUGGUGGUUCAUUCAAUUUGUUGAUGGUUUCUUCAGUCCAUUAUAUAAGCGGCUUGGAGUUGACAUAUUCGGACUUGGGUUCAUAACGUCUUUACUUUUUGUAUUCUUCGUUGGUAUAUUUGUCUCAUCAUGGUUGGGUGCUACACUCUUCUGGCUUGGAGAAUGGUUCAUUCAGCGAAUGCCCUUUGUCAGGCAUCUAUAUUCUGCCUCCAAACAAAUUAGUUCCGCAAUUUCUCCUGAUCAAAAUACCACGGCUUUCAAAGAGGUUGCAAUUAUUCGUCAUCCACGUAUUGGUGAAUAUGCAUUUGGGUUUAUUACUUCAACUGUUACCCUCCAGAGAGAGAGCGAAGAUGAAGAGCUAUGCAGUGUUUUCGUGCCAACAAAUCACCUAUACAUUGGGGAUAUAUUUCUUGUUAGUUCAAAGGACAUCAUAAGACCAAACCUGUCGAUUCGGGAAGGCAUAGAGAUUAUCGUUUCUGGCGGUAUGACAAUGCCACAAAUUAUUACACCUUUGGAGAGAGUUGAUAGACAGGCCGAGACAAUAGCUUUGAACAGACUAAAGUAGUGGCAUGAAGAACAUGAGAGAUCCCUGGUAAUAUGAGAAGUUUCUUGCCCUAUAAAGAGUAUGAAAGCUGGCUAUACUUGACGAAGAAAGGCUUGUAUGCAAAGGCAACCAUUUUGUAUUCAAGUGUUUGUCAUAAAUGGUGGUGUUCUUAUUAGUUGUUACUACAUUUAUUGAUGUGUUUGUAGAUUUAGGUACCCAUUGGGUGUGUUUAUAGCGUAAUCAUAGGAAUGAUAGAAAUCUUUGUCACUAUUGUUACACUUCUCGAACUAAAUAGGUCAACAUUAUUCAUGUUACAAUUUAUUUCUAAACACACAUCUUGAAGUUUGUAUCGAUUAAAAUUCUAUUUUAAAAAUGUAUAGAUGUGAACUCUGAAGUUUUGAAAUGUACCCGUUUAUACCAUUUGUAU